AUUUUAUCUUUAGUAUAAAAUCAAGAUGCAGGAAGCAGCGAAGCAACACCAGCAAAUAGUAUUUUCAGUUGAAGAUAAAGAGCAAAAACAAGUUACGAAAUGUGAAAACAAUGAAGUGCCGUUUGAAGAAGCAUUAAAUAUGACAGGUGUGGGUCGCUACACCGUGGGUCUGUUCGUGGCGUGCGUGGUGACCGUGCUGGCCAUGGCGAUGGAGACGUUCGGCACCAGCUACGUGGCCACGGCCUGCGCCUGCGACCUGCGCCUCUCCACCGCCACCAAGGGACUCGUGUCCGCCAUGCCUAUGCUGGGAGUAUUGGUGUCGUUGCACCUGUGGGGCUGGCUGGCGGACACGCGCGGGCGCCGCUUUGUGCUGCUGGUGUCCAUGGGCGGCUGCUUCGUGUCCGCGCUCGCCAGCAGCCUCGCCAACGACUGGGUCACGCUCGCCGUCUUUAAAUUUGUCGCUGCCUUCUUUGCGUCUGCGUCGAACGCGGUGCCGUAUGCUCUGCUCGGGGAGAGCACGCCCGCCGCGCACCGACACACGCUCGUCAUGAUGAUGGCCAGCGGACUCAUGCUGGGGCAGUUCGCCAUGUCCGCAAACGCGUACCCAAUUCUACGACUGAGUUUCGACCUACCUCUCUUCGGCGGCAUGCGAUAUAGACCAUGGAGACUGCUACAACAGGCAUACGGGUCGUGGUCGGGUGCGGCUGCUCUCCUGCUGCUGGUGUUUGUGAAGGAGAGCCCCAAGUUCUACGCCAGCCAGGGCCGCCCCGACAUGAGCGUCAAAGUCUUGGCGGAAAUAUACGCCAUCAAUACUGGCAAGAGCAAGGAAGAUUAUCCAGUGAAUUCAAUAAGUUUCCACGAGACUCUAGCAUCCAGUAAGCAGACCAGCGUCCUGCGGUCCAUGUGGGACCAGACCACGCCACUGUUCCGCAAACCACUGUUGCUCAAGACUAUCGUCAUCCUCUACAUUGUCAUACUUGUCUAUGCUAUCGCUCCAGCAUUCCUGAUGUGGAUGCCAUCGAUCACUACAGCCUUCUCCCGCGCCACCGCCGCCGGCGCCACUGACGCCAACUUCUGUCAGAUGCUGCACUUUAUGGACCAGGCUACACCAAGCGUGGCUUCUAAUGGAACCUCUUCACCCAUAGUGAGUGUCUUUUUAGGUAAAUCUGGAUUGAACUAA